CACCACCAAUUCUCGAACGACCGAGUCCGGCUUGAGGUCAUACCAUCAUCCAUCCAUCCAUUAUCCCCACGCUCCAUCCGGCCGCCUCCUUCCCUCCUACCCUCAGUACACCUCCUCAAUUCGCUUGUAUUUUCAUCAAUCCUGAUCGGCACAUCGACGACUGGCAUAAUGUCUCGAUCCGCCGCCGAUGCGACCCGUUUCACGGCCACAGGGCCUUACGCCCACUCGAAGCCUGGUUCCGCAGCUCCGUACAAGCUCCCCGGCUUCAUGGCCAAUGCAGCUCAACAGCAACAGGGUGGACAGCCCGGAGGCAAACCCGAGACUCCUAAGGAGAAGGUCGAGCGAUUGCGAGCACAAGCCCGUGCUGCCCGGUUAGCCCAGUCGACGUCGCGCGUGGAUCAGAUGAUCGACUUUGGCCGUCGAUUCGCUAACAAGGCCCACAAGACCAUGGUUUAUACUCUUAUUGCUGCGUCGGGCGUUUGCGGAGCCCUCACCGUCUAUUCCAUUGUGUCUCUCUCUUUAUACAACCGCCGUCAGCGAACACUGUGGAUUGAGAAGGAGCUACAGACCCUGCAGGACGCGAAGGUGGCCUAUGUUAACGGAACCGCCACGUCGGAACAGCUGGAAUUGCUGAAGAACGAGAAGAUUGCUGAGAUCUACCAACGAAAGAAGGAUGAAGAGCGGCAGCAGCGCCCUUGGAACAAGGCGAAGCAGUACUUAUUUGGGGGCUUGAAGGCGGACGAGACCCCCGCCGAGGCAAACCCCAACCCCAUCCCCGAGAGCCUUGUCGCGGAGGACAAGCCUCGCGUCCUCGAAGCCAUCAAUGCCGCGAAGGCGUCCGGAGAGAUUGUCGCUCCCGCACAGCAGGGCCAGCUGGACACCCUGGCGGCCAAUGCCGAGGAUGCUGCUAAGCAGACGACGCAAAGCUGGAAGAGCUGGCUCACUGGACGGUGAAAGGACGACCGAACGUCUGGAAAUCAAGGAAAAUACAGGGAAACUUAUAUGGCUCGCGGGGAGAGAGCAAAGCUUUCUCAUACUGUCUGCUCGCAGCAUCUUCUCCCCCC